AUGGCGACCCAAACAGACUCCCAGGCUUCAGCGCCGGUUCCCACCAUGCCUCAACCCAAUGAUCCCAGCCGCACGCACAUGUCUGUAUCUUCGUCCUCGUCCGUUUCCGAUGCUGAGACCGAGCGCCGAGGCCGGUCUGAACGUCCCCGCAUGGCCAGUCGGAAGCCUAGUGCAUCCAUACUCGUUCCCCGUGACCAUCCCGAGAUUGAGAUUGAGGAGGAGGAGUUUCCGCCCGACGAUGCUCGUGCUAUGAGUCCGCGUCGUAACUCGGCGGAUUUGGAACGGUUGGGGAAAGAGGCUAGGCAUACUUUGCAGGAACAAGCCAAAGCUCUUCAAUCGUCGCUUCAGGCAUUGGCGGAACGAAUCGACGCGGUGAAAUCGGACCACGACAAGCUCGAGAGCGAGAACAAAUUCCUGCAAGACUACAUCGGUGGAUUGACCCGCAACAUGACCAAGAGCGAUACCCCGAAAAGCAGCAAGGCGCGCAAGUCACAGAAAUAA